AUGGCCCUCAUCGUCCAAGCAUUUACAUUCCUCCACCAAUACAUUUACACCCGCCUCCACCCGACACCGAGCAAAUCCCCCGAAGCGCUGAAAGUGGGAGUAAUCUCCUCAGCGCAAAUUAACGCUGCUGCACUAAUCCACCCUGCCGAAUCGCACCCCUCCGUAAUCCUCUACGCAAUCGCCUCGCGUGACAUCUCCACAGCUCAAAAAGCCAAAGAGCAAUACAAAUUCACCAAAGCCUACGGCUCCUACGAAGAUCUGCUCGACGAUCCCGAGAUUGACUUUGUAUAUAUUUCCACGCCCAACGGAUUGCAUUAUGAGUGGGCGGCCAAGUCGUUGAAGGCGGGGAAACAUGUGCUUUGCGAGAAGCCGUUUACGUCUAAUGCGGCAGAGGCGAAAGAGUUAAUGGAGUUGGCGAAGGAUAGGGGGUUGGUUCUUGAGGAGGCUUUCCAUUGGCAAUUCCAUCCUGCAGCGCAUGCGUGGCGCCAGUUGUUGGAUUCGAAGAAGUACGGGAACAUUCUCCGGACUAAUGCGGUUAUGACUGCUAGUCCUGCUGUUCCGGGUAGUGAUAUCCGGUGGAAGUUCGACCUGGGGGGCGGGUCAUUGAUGGACAUGACAUACGCUCUCUCCUUUACUCGCUAUGCGCUUCACGCGUCAACACCCAAGCAAAUCGUCUCCGUCAGCGUGCGUCCCUCAAGAGGCGAUCCUCGCGUCGACGAAGCAAUGUACGCACAUCUCGACUUCGAAGCGCCAAACGGCGGCGACGUCCACAGUCGAAUUUAUACAGACAUGGCGCGCCACAAGUUCGGCUAUGUAAUCCCUCGCUUCUGGGAACUACCCUCCAUUGAAGUCGAGACUGAGAAAGCAAUCAUCCUCUUCUACAACGCGAUGAUGCCGCACUUAUACCACUACAUCUCUAUCGUGGAAAAGACGACUGGCGAGACAAAGACCCUCAAGCAGUACUCCGGUGGACCGCUUUGGGGAAAGGUGACUACGAGUACUGGGGAGAAAGGUGGUAAUCAUUACUGGAGUACGUAUCGGUGGCAGUUGGAGGCAUUUGUGGAUGCAGUUAAGGGGAAGACGCCGACUUUUUGGGUCGCGAAUCAAGAUAGCGUUUGGCAGAUGGAGAGUAUUGAUUCUAUGUAUCGGGCGGCUGGGUUGCCGGUUAGGCCGGGUAAAGAAGUGAGUAAGAAGGGUAAAUAG